AUGCUUUUCUUCAGCUUCUUCAAGACGCUCACCCAGCAGACCGUGACUGUGGAGUUGAAGAACGACAUCUCGAUUCGCGGCACUCUCAAGUCCGUCGACCAGUACCUGAACAUCAAACUUGACGACGUCACGGUCCUCGAUGAACUCAAGUACCCCCACCUCAGCUCGGUAAAGAACAUCUUCAUCCGAGGCUCGGUCGUGAGAUACGUACACCUACCACCGGACAAGGUCGACAGGGGUCUCCUCGAGGACGCUUGUCGCAGGGAAGCUAUGGCGCAAAAAGGCAAGGCCGCAUGA